AGUACAUCUUUGUCUUUCCUCUACUAUUGACGUACGUGGAUGGAUGACAAACGUUACGCAGUUCGAUUUACAGUAGUAAAAGUGGGAGUGUAGAGUUCAAAAAUAUUCCAAAUAUUCAUGCAAUUCAGUGCAUAACAUCGCGUUAAUAUUUUCGCUAACGUUCCAGAUUCAAGGAUCUAUCAGUAGGCGGUAGUUUGCACUACUGGGUAACAAAGGAUUCGGUUGAUUCGAACGGAGUCGUGGUAUCGAUUGUCGAAGUGCAAGUUAUCGAGGAAAAUAUCAAAUAAAUGGAAAAUUAAACCAGUACACAAAGGAAUGGAACGCCGUGCCAAAGGCGAUCAAACGAGUGUGAUAUAAGAGUUAGGAAAGCAGAAAUACCAGUCCAAAUGAUGCUGCAAAGAUGAAGUGGUAACAGAAAGGAGGAAAAAUAAGAAGGAAAGAAAAUCGAUCUCGCAGCAAUCAAAAAUCUUUCUUUCUCACUGAUUUCAGUGACGGCAGAGGAUUUCGUAUGUUUAAGUGAUAUAUUUUACAUGCAGUCAAGAAAUAGUGCAUGUGUGAGUGGUGUUCCCAUGGCUCUCGAAAGUCAGGCAUUUAACGUGUAGAGGAAUCGUAUAGGAGUGUGUUUUGGUCAAGAAGGUCAUCAGAUUGUGUUGUUGUUUUGUGUGUUCGCGAGCAGAGCGUGCAUUAUUUACUCGCUGUCAGCUCCUCGGGUCAGAGGAGUUGCUAUCUAUUUGAAAAGUGAUGUGUUGUGCGAAAUGGUUCUGUGAAAUUUGUAUAUAACGUAAAAAAUCAGCCUAAUUGCCAAAAUAAGCGCUCGGCGUCACACAGACCAUACGGUCGCUAUUAGUCUCCUGUAGCUUGCCCCCUUACCGUCCGCUAGUAUGAGCGAUAAAUCCAAUGGCCUCAGCAGCAAUGGUCACCCUAACGAGCAGCAAGAUCCCAGCGAAUCUGCUGGACGAGCUUCCAGUAGUCUGGGAGAAUCCACCACCAGCCUGGAUCCCGCUGGCAAACCGAAAGGACUGAACGAAAGUGUACAGCAGCAAUUUAGCCGUUUUGCAGAUUAUUUUGUAAUAUGUGGCCUAGAUCUGGACUCUGGCCUUGAACCUGAUCUAUUUGCAGGUGACAGUCUGCACUGCUCCCCCCUAGAUCGGGCGUACAAGAGCAAACCGUUGGCACACUAUCCGGAGAAUGUCGCCUGGAAUCCGUUCGAUUCACAUGGCAUCUGUAUGCUUUCGCUGCCACAGGGGUUACGUUUUCGAACGCAGAAACACAACAUCGAGCCCCGGUUUCACGCGUUUGCCACCACGCGGGAGGAUGGUAAGCGGUGCUACGGUUUCAGCUUAGUGUUCUACGAGGAGGUACGCAACCGACAGAUUUGCAGUGCCAUGCAUACCCUUCAGUCGAUGUUCAUCACGGAGAUAUCCAGCUCGCAGCAGCCUCCUCCCGCGACGUUGCGACGGGUGAAGGAAAACCCCGUGAGUCGAUCCUUGCCGAGGCACUUUAAGAUUGCCGCACAAGCUCCCGCAUCCGCUCUGAGCUAUUACGAUAUUACUAAGGAUAAGUUGUUUGUUGCGAAAAGUCUUUCGCUUGUCUGUCAGGUGCCGUAUGCUCACGUCGCUGAGCUGUUUCUUAAGAAUCUCUUCAAGUGUCUUCCCCGCCAUCCCGGUUCUCGUCUGAGUCUCGAGAGCUACGUGUACAAUAUUCUCUAUGAAGUAUCCACACCCCCUCCAGGGAAGUCCAUCCGAAUAUAUAUACCACCAGAAGAACCUCAUCUACCUCCGAUUGCCACAAUUCUACAACGACCCGCACUCAAAGACGAACUUCCCUUCAUGGAUUUUCCGCUCAGACUACUGUUCACCUAUCUGAGCGUGGAUUGUGCAAUACAAUUGUUCACCUGCGUGCUGCUCGAGAACCAAGUGCUGUUGCGAUCUUCCGACUACCAGAAGCUCACCAUCAUAGCGGAAUGCAUCACGUCGCUUCUGUUCCCCUUCCAGUGGCAGCAUGUCUACGCACCAAUCCUACCCGCAUCCCUGCAUCACUUCCUGGACGCUCCGGUACCUUUCGUGAUGGGUCUCCACUCGGAUUCCGACAGUAGCGUGCGCAUCGCUAGCGAAGCUAAUCUCUGCUACGUUGACGUCGACAAGAAAUCCGUUCAGCUUCCCGAAGAACUGCCCGCCUUCCCGCAUCGCCAUGACUUCAUCGCGGAAAUAACCGCCGUUCUUGAUAAGUACCAAGUACCUCGUGAUAGAUCGCUGGAUCCACCAUCCAUUCUCAGUCCAAAGAAUCUCCUCAAAGAUCACGAUAUGAUGACGACGAGUUGCACCCUGCCUUCGGGGUUGCACAUUCGAAGGAAGCACUCACUGCAUGACGUGCUCGAUUGGGACCGGCCGAACUCACCGGAUCUGCCAUUGCCGGCGGCGGCAGUACCCUCAAGACCGGACGUUCGUCAGCGGAUCGUAGACAUAGUUCGACGCAGUGGCGGAGAUGAGGUCGAUUCCGGAACCAACGAAGUUAUGCCGAGCGCCAAGCAGAAACAACCUCUCAGCACUCUGGAGCAAUACUACGAAGAUCUGAGACUGAACAAUUCCAUUAGGGAGAUUUUCCUUAACCGAUUCGUACAGAUGUUUGCCGCGUACGAGCAGUUUGUGAUUUUACCAAAUCAGGAUAAAGAAGACUGGCUCAGCAAUCGCGAAUCUCUGCACAACUUCGAUAAGGCUUCGUUUCUUUCGGAUCAACCGCAGCAUCAUCGACCGUUUCUUUCGCAGUUUCUCGAGAGCCAAAUGUUUGUGACGUUGAUCGACAACAAGAUUAUGCUCUCCUGGGGCGAUGACGGAGGGAACGGUAGUUCACUCGACAGUCUGAACGGUGACGUAGAAUAUAACCUGAAGCUGUUCGACAAUCGCAUUAAGAUUUUAAGGAAACGCUAUGGUGGCGAGAGUAUGAUCCGCACCGCCAAUUACGAGCCCUGUCUGCUAGCACGGGAAAGCCAGAAGCUGCUGGACAAGCGACUGGCCAGUGUUGACAUGGAGGUAUCCCCGCCCAGUGAGAUUCUGGACAAGCGACCGCCAUACUACCGGAGCUUUCCGCUGCUGGAAAAGACCGCCCUGAACCAGGAGUGCGCCUCGAGGGGAAACAGCUUACGGCGAGUUAAGAACGGUUCCAAGUGGAAGGUGAAGGAGAUUUCGCUGGACGGUGGCGGCAAUAAGGAGAACGAUGGCGGUGGAAAUAAAUCGAACCGAAAUUCGGCCAACCUUUCCGGAACGGAAAUCAGUCCGGCACUAAUGGCACAGGCGAACUGGACGUUUGUGGAGAAAUUGCUGAAGGACUGCAAGAGUAAAACUAAGCGCAUGCUGCUGGAGAAAAUGGGAACCGAAGCAAUCGAGUUGGGUCUCAGUGGAGAGGCGUCGGUUACCGGAGUGGAGGAAAACACGAUGAUCGCCUCGCUGUGUGAUUUGCUCGAGAAGGUGUGGUCACACGGAUUGGUGAACAAGCAGGGUAAAUCGGCGCUCUGGACGCACCUGACGGCCUACCUGGAGAUAAAAGACUGUCAGAACCCAAGCAAGCAGAUCGAUACCAACUAUCUGACACCUGCAAGUUGCACUAGUCCAAAAACAAGCUUCACUAGCAAUGACAAAAACACAAAACUCACCAUUAGUCCUACUGCAACGCCCAAGAGCAAUAACGGUGGUAGUUCCAAUAAUAGCAAUAGUAGAACCAGAUUUAACAAUAUGAUUCGCCUUAAACGUAAUGUCAGCAAACCUCCCAGGGUGGCGAACCGCAACGAACCCAUUUCGUUGUCUUCGCCGGAAAUGUCCCCCACCUCCGCUAGUCGGUUGAGUAAUUUUGUUUUGCCCAGCAUUAUUGCCAAUUUGGUGGGGACAAAGUACACUAGUGUACCCACGAGCGAUAAAAUUCACGGUAGCGUCAAUGAUUUAUCAUCCCUCGCUAUCGAACCGGAGAUUCCUUUGUCACCGACUAGAGGUCGCUCGAAGUCACGCGACCGUAAAAGUUUAGGACCUGAGCAGCUACGACCGCUACCUGAAUCCCUUGAAUUCGACAUAAGAAACAUUCUCGCUAUGACGGACAUCAAAACCCACAUCGGAUACGCACGGGCCUGGGUACGCCUAGCACUGGAAAAGAAACUCCUCUCUCGCCAUCUUCGUUCGCUUCUCUCCGACACGCCUCUGUUACGGCAAUUGUACAAGCGUUCCGGUUUCGUCCGCUGUGACGAUGAGGUGGAACAGUUUCUCUACCACCUGCUGACACUGAACGCAGUCGACUAUUUUUGUUUCACUAACACCUAUCCCACGACCAAGCUACCGUACCGAGUUGUGAUAUUUCCUUCGAAGAAAGGCUCUGCCGCAACCACUUCCUCCAAUGUUUGGAUUGCCAUUUCGGGAACUCUAGGGGAAACUCAGCAAAUCAGUGUCCCGCGACAUUCGCUGGAGUUCGUAUUUCAUCACAAAACAUUGGGCAUACUGACAUCCCUGAGAAUAGGCCAUGAUGAUACGGGUAUGUCGUCGAAAUGGCUAGUUGAACAUGUCGUCGUCAGAAAUGAAGUUACCGGUCAUACCUAUAAAUUCCCAUGCGGUCGAUGGCUCGGACGAGGAAUUGACGAUGGAUCGAUCGAGCGGCUACUGAUCGGUCAGUUGGUGCCACGAACCGUGGAUAGUGAGGAACUAGUUGAAGCUUGCCGGACACCUCCACGAACACGAAGUCCCAGUAUCCAGCGUCCGGAGAUACGACCGUCGGACAUUCAGCACAUGUUGGGAGACUGCGUGAACGCAAUCGUCAAAUGGCACUAUCGACCGAGUCGCGAACGGGAUGCCAGCUCGUUGACGAAUCUGCUCUGCGGAGAAAACGGUCUAGUCAAAUGCUUGGAACAGGCAUUCCUUUGCGGUUUCCGUUCACAGCGGCUGUUCGGACGAAACCUUUAUCUUUGGGACUACUUCGUGCGAGUUAAGGAACAGUUCGAGACUAGCUUGGUGGAGGAAUCGGUCGACAUGGUUCGAGGUGGAGGCUCAGCCAGCAAUUCACCUCCUACGAGUGGAUCUAGUCCGGAAUCUCCGCCACAGUGUUCGACAACGGUGCAUCCUCCGGUGGCAAGACAGGAGCUGUCCGCUGUAUGGCGAUGCUACUGUCAUCUAAUGGAUGAAAUCAACAAUGUCAAACAAACACUCGGCAAAGACGGCCGUUUCCAACUGUUCAUCUGCUUAAGUAUACGGGAACAUCUCCUCCAUCGUAUGCUGGUACCGAUGGCCUACACUCGGGUCACUACCGAAAUGUACGAGGAGCAAAGCUUUAUGCGCAAAAAGGGUCUACUAACAUUCCUACGGCAGAUACUGGAACCACUGGACGAGUUCCACAUAGUGUUAGAGAACUCGAUCACCCAAGGUAUUGGAUCUCACUGUUAGGUUGCAUUGGUGCAGGGGUACCCCUCAAGCCAUCCCUCGAAAACCGCUGGAAACAUAAUACUCAACUAAUGCUGUGUUCUCAUUUGUGAAACUCAUUUUCCAAUUAAAAUCAGUAGUUGGACAGGUUCGUAGGACAUAUUUUUACAUUUAUUCUUGUUUAACUAUUUGUGAAUGGAUGAGUAAACAAGUGAUCGAAAUCAAUGGCCAAAGAUUAUGAAAAAAAAAUCGCUGAGAUGUUAGUUUUACUUUUUUCUGUUUCGUUUGUUUUAUGUUGUAGUUAUAUGGGAAUUGAUUUUUAGUUUGAUUUGUUAAUGUUUCGUCACUUUUGAUAGUGUAUACGGGUUAUGUUUAGUGUCCUCGUUAUGGUGAAAUCAUUUUUCGUUAAAAUAAAAUUUGUGCCAAAAUUAAACUGGAAUAGGAAAAGUAGUCAAAGAGUGACAAGCUUUUCACCUCAUGUAUAGCUUGGCUAUAGAUAUUAAGGCAAACAAUCGAAUCAGUACACAUAGAUGUAUUAGUUUGAUAAAAAAAACUAACUACCAGCGAAAAAUCUCAAUUGUUUAUUGUACGAUAAUUACUUCCAACGGAACUGGCACACUCACAAAAAACAUUAGAUUACGUAUUAACCAGGUGUAGCUUAUUUCAAUCUGAAACAGUAAUUUAACGCUAUUCAACAAAACAUGUUUCCGAACCUGCAGAAAUAUACUCAAACGCAGCAUCGAUAUUAGUCAACAUUAAAAUUUUGUAGAUAUAGUGCGGUUCCUAUGUUUAGGCAGGAAAAAAACACUUGAUUCGCUAUACAUGUUCCCACAGGCAAAACUAUUCCGUCUUUCGAACUGAAAAUAUCAGACAAAAUAAAUAUUCCAACUGCACCCAAAUGACAACAUCCCAGUGAAAUUAAACUUCUGUUGAGUAAAACAUGAACUGCAUAGGGAAAUUGCACUGCUUACAUUUAGCAUUCGUUCAUCGAAACCCAGAAUAUCUCAGCCUGGGAUUGUAGCAUCCGCACCUUCAUUGAUAUGAUUGUAUAUGUUCGAUGUUGCUGACAGUGAAAUAUAGGUUUACGUUUCUGUAGAAGAAAACAAUGAAUGGAUCAGAUGGACGCAAAAAUAAAAUCUGGAAUUACUUGAU